CUAUAGGUGGUUCCUCCCACACCGUUUCACGAAGUUCGCAGUAUAACCUUGAUUAUACUAAAUUCGUGACGCUAAUGAUAUCUGAUGUAGCCAUACUGAAGCUUUAUAGGCAUUUAGAGAUAUACGAUAUCGCCUUAUAGCUAGCAAACAACACCGCCUCAAUCGACGCUAGCGUUGAGAAUGUUCCUACAUGAAAUCCUCAGCCGCAGCUGAGUUUUCCCUCCCCCAAGGUCCGCUAGACCUCACCUUGGGGUAUAUAUCUAGCUUCAUUUCUCUAAACAGAAGUCGAGAGAAUGGUAACUAUUAAUAAUCGCACUGUAGAAAAUACACAUCGGGGCUCUUGAAUCCCCAGAAAAGAGAAGUUAGAGUUUACUGUAAGCACUUAUUUCCAUCCUUUUGAAUAUAGGAAUUAUCAUGGACGAUACAGACGACUCCCUCCAUCUCUGCGCCUUCUGUCGCUCGAUCGACUGGGCGGAACUCACAACGGGGCUCUUCAACGCGCACAAAUUACCCUUGAAGAACGGCACGUUCAAGCGCGGCGAGCACAACCUCAGACUCAUCCGAUCCUCACCUUCGUGCGAGUUAUGCAGUCUAAUCGCAACCGCCUCCCAAACCCUCAAGCCCUGGUGGCCCAUCGCCGAGCUCCUGGACCAGCCCGAGGGCAUUACAUGCGCGUUCUGGUGCGGGAGGAAUAAGCUCGGCGACUCGCUGCAGAGCCAGUUCCUGGCGAACACGGGCUUGGCGCUGGAUACGAUGUACCAGAGCCUGAAGCCCGGGUACAAGACGAACGGGUUGGUGCUGCAGGGGCUGUUGGACGAGUUGGCGGCGAAGGGGAUACGCGUUGGACGGGAUAAGGACGCGGAGGGUAGUGGGAGGGGCAGGGGAAGGAAUGUUAGUCUGAAUAGGUUGCUGGUGCAAGCGGGUAUCAGCCCGGUCGAGUGGACGGCGCAGACGUUUGUUCAGUUACAUCCUUGUCUACACCCGGUUCCGAGCGUGGAUAAGUAUGCUACGGACGAGGAGCCGUUUGCGGUGUUUCCGUCGGGGAGGGUGGUUGGGGAGGAGGUUAGUGUUGGGUUGCUUAGGCGCUGGUAUAGGACUUGUCAUGAGAAACAUACAGAGAAGUGCAGUAGGCCGACUUGGCUGGCGGCCGAUACGUCGUGGCCUGAGAGGUUGAGGUUGAUUGAUGUGCGGACGCUGUGUAUUGUUGAGGCGCCGGACGAGUGCCCCUAUUUUGCGUUGAGUUACGUCUGGGGUGAUGAGAAAGAUCCGUUCCAGGCGCUCCUGGGUCAGCUUGAAGUUAUGAAGGUGCCUGGCUACCUCGAGGAGCAAACGUUGCCAAGGACCAUCGUCGAUGCAAUGGUGUUGACUAAGGAAAUGGGCGUGGACUACCUCUGGGUCGACCGACUAUGUGUCAUCCAGGACUCGGAUGCCGAUAAAGCGGUCCAGAUCCCACAAAUGGACCUCGUGUAUUCCCGCGCAGCUCUAACGAUCGUAGCAGCAGGCGGCACGGCGCUCGACGGUCUAGCCGGAAUCAACGGCACCAGCCGCAGCAUCAACCAGAAGAUAGCCCGCGUUGCCCAAGACCUCAGUCUAAUGGACGUACUCCACCUCGACCAAGGCUACGGAAACAGUCGAUGGACAACGCGCGGCUGGACAUUCCAAGAAGGUCUCUGCUCCCCGCGAAUCCUCAUCAUCACAACCGACCAAGUAUUCUGGAGCUGCGAGACGUCCAAGUGCUGCGAGACCAUCGCCUUCGAAGCCUUCCCCACGCCCGUCGCCCCGGACGACAUCAUCUUCAACGUGCUCUCCGGGCACCGGGUCUUCGGCGAAGUGGGCGGGGGCCAGAACUUCGCCUUCGGGGAGCUGGAUUCCAUGAUCCGCAGCUACUGCACGAGGAAGCUUACCGUGCAGGCGGACGUGCUGGACGCGUUUACGGGCGUGCUGAGGAGGGUCGCGGUUAACACCGGCCAUGAGUUUUACUGGGGCCACUCGGUCUCGACGCGGUUUGAUGAGAGUCUGGCUUGGAUGAAUAUCGUCUGGUAUCGCGACCACGAGUGGCAGAAGCAGGAUUUGCCGGAGCGGAGAUGUGAGAUGCAUCGUGUGAGAGCGGGGGAUGGGACGGUGCAUAGAGUGCGGUUUCCGAGUUGGUCUUGGCUCGGGUGGAAGAAUGUCCUGGGCGUGACGCGCGCGGCGCCGAAACAAGUCUUAGUUGAGCCGGAGCUUGAGAUUAUGAAGCUCGGUCUAGAUGGGAAAGCAGCUCAAUUGCGCUCAGCAAAAGAGCAGGAAUUGAAGUCUGUUCUAAAGCUUGAUAUGUGCGGCAUCGAUCGGACCACUUCGGCGGGUUGGAAGGGGGAUACUUCGAUCGAUCCUAGCCUGUUGCAUACAGAUGAAGAUGGGGAAUUCAGAGACUCGGGGCGUCUGCUAUUUUGGACGAGCCACGCGGUGCUCGACCUUGAGGACGGCAAGAUGUACAAUGACGCGCGAGAAGAGGUCGGGGAAUUGAAGCCUUUCUGGCCCAGCCAGAUGCAGAAACCGUCUGGGAAACAGUCUUUUAUCGUAGUGUCGCGCAAGCAUAACGAUGAUAAUCUUAAGGUCUUGAAAGCGGAGAGGAGACUAAAUGUUUUGCUUGUUGAGUGGGAGGACCCUGUUAAGCACGUUGCUUCUCGGAUCUGCUCUGCUGAAGUUGAUGAAGCGGCUUGGGUCGGGCUUGGAGAACGGCGAGAAUGGAUAUUAGUUACUCUAACAUAAUAAUUUCUGGAUAUAUUGGCGGUACUUCCUCUCUUUUUAUGCUAUUACAACAUUUCGUCUGGAAGGUCAGGAAGUUUAGCGGACGCGGUGGGUAUCAUGGCGUUCAUAUACCCCUUUUCCGCUUCUGCGAGCGCAAACAUAGACGAUCACUUUCUAUUAGCAUAUCUGGUCGGAAGAUAGCUAUUUGAGCAUAUCACUGAGAUCUUUCAAAAGAUUUAAGAGCAAAUUCGUGUAUUCUGUACCCUGCACCAUUUCUAUUCAACGCUUCGCGGCCCUUCAUCAUAUCAUACAAGCCGUGUAUCUAUGAGAGACGCCAUUUCAACCAUAACCUAUGUCCAGCGUAAUGUUUUAUGUUAUGAUGGUACAGAUCAUGAGCACCUUGCCUCCGUUCAAUUACUGAAUAUAAGGUCGUCCCGUGGGACGACACGCUACUAUUGAUUCCCCCCUUGAAGCAAGAUACUGCCACCCCUAAAUCUAUUGCAGGGAUUGGAUAUCAGGUUUAUUAAACCACGUCAUCAACAAGUGUCAAACGCAACCGGCUUCUUGCAGCUUGUACUCGGCGACAUUAGCCGACCAGCUCAAGAAAUG